AUGGACUGGGACCUUUAUCGACUGGGACCUCUAUGGACUGGGACCUCUAUGGACUGGGACCUUUAUCGACUGGGACCUUUGGACUGGGACCUUUAUGAACUGGGACCUUUAUGUACUAGUACCUCUAUGAACAGGGACCUUUAUCGACUGGACUGGGACCUUUAUCGACUGGGACCUUUGGACUGGGACCUUUAUGAACUGGGACCUUUAUGUACUAGUACCUCUAUGAACAGGGACCUUUUGGACCAGGACCUCUAUGGACCAGGUCCUGGUGUUGAGGUGUUUGAAGGUGUGACCAGGUGUUUAGGGUGUCUAAAGGUGUCUUUCUUGUGUCUGCUAAAGGUGUUUGAAGGGAAAACAUGUAAAGGUCAGCUGACCUCAGUGAAAACAAGUCACAGUCAGCUGACUUCCUGUUCUCAUGUCCGUCUUCAGGUGCAGGAGAGCUUUGUCCCGCUGGGCGGCGGCUCUGGAGAGCUCGGACUGGCCAUCGGGGGCGGGGCAGACUACGGCGAGUUCCCAUUCGUCACCGCGGCCCACGGGGGCGGGGCCACUGUGGGCGACAUCAUCCUAGAAAUAGGGGGGACACCUGUGUUAGGGAUGACCCUCGGCGAUGUCAGAGGAGUCCUCAACUCCUGUCCUCAUCCAAUCAGAAUCAAGACUGUCUCACCAGGGUCGUCCCUCUGUAAGGACCUCAGGUUGUACCUCAGUAAGUGUUUCACUCCGGGCUCCAUGGACAGUCAGCUGCAGCAGCUCAUCAGAGAGAACCUGUACCUGCGAGCUGUUCCCUGUACGACCAGGCAGCCUCGGGAUGGAGAGAUCUCAGGUGUGGACUACAACUUUGUGUCCAUCGAGGAGUUUUUCUCUCUGGAGGAGUCUGGAGCUCUGCUUGAGAGCGGCAAGUUCAAAGGGAACUACUACGGGACGCCCCGCCCCGUCCACAUCGGUCCGGAGAGUCCACCAAUCACGUACCAGGAGCACCGGAACCUUCUGAGGAACUUCAGGACCAGAAGCAAGUCUCUGAGUAACCUGGAGAAGGCUGUGGAGGAAGGAGACAACAGUGAGGAGGACAGAGCACUAGGAGGAGGAGGAGGAGGAGGUCCGCUGCCUGAUAACUGGGAGCUGGCGUUCAGUGAUUCAGGAGAGCCGUACUACAUCGAUCAUAAGGCAAAGACGACCAGCUGGCUGGAUCCUCGAACUCAAAACAAAGAGACGAGUCCCUUCACAGAACUCCCAGAGUUCACCGAGCAGCCGAGCCAGCUGAAGGGUUACUCCAUCCACACCCGGCUCUCUAAAGGCCCUCGAGGUUUCGGCUUCAACAUCGUUGGAGGAAGUCGACCCAGAGAGUUCCUACAGGUGUACAGUGUCACACCUGGAGGACCACCAGCACUAAACACAGCGGACAUCCUGGUCCACAUCAACGACAGCUGUGUGCUGGGUCGCUCCCACAAAGAGGUGGUGGAGAUGCUGAAGUCGGUGCUGAUGGGUCAGAGUGUGGACGUGGUGCUGAGGAGAGGAUACCCGAUGCUUUACAACCCGGAUGGGUGUCCCAAACUGAGUCUGGAGACGCCACAGACUCCCACUGAGCCCCUACCCCCCAACGUGAACCGCGGCCCGACACACCUCACCUACAGCCGAACGCUGGACGCCAACGGCAGCACGGCAGGCCCAAGCCAAACCCCGCCCUCCUACGCUGCUCAGCCAAUGACGAACGGGCUGACGGGCCCGCCAACACCCACCUCCUCUGAUCCCCCAUUGGGUCCACCACCCCCCCCAGAGAGGACAGCAGCCAUCAAUCACAGUGACUCUGAUGGUGGCCUGUCCAACGCUGGAACACGCAGGUCUUCUCUGAUUCGCUACAACAGCAGCACUCUCCCCGCCUUCUCCUCCUCCUCCCUCCUCCACCACCAGAGCUCCAAGUCUUCAGAGAGCGACUUGUCCAUGUCAACACUCCCCAUCUCCUCCUCCACGCUCCCCAUCAGCUCCUCCUCCUCCCACACUCUGUCCAAACUUGCCUUCUCUCAGCCAGAGAUGGGCCUCCAAAACUCCACCAGCCCAACCGGCGCUAACAAACCCACCUCAUCCUCACCUCCUGGCGCUCCUGUGCAGCGCCCACCGAUGCCCCAGACUUCCCUGGCCCUGACCCCACCCAGAGACGUCCCACCCUGCGGCUUUAACGGCUGUCCAGCCAAUCACCAAGCGCCCUCCCCAGCCUCCAGGGGAAACCCAGGGCUGGUGCUCCCCCUCGGGCCGGGGUCGCCCGGCUCAGCUCCUGGUGGGGAGCUGGUACCGGUGGCCCUCGGGCGCAGUGAGAGCGGGGGGCUGGGGUUCAGCGUAAUGGCGGGGGGUCAAGGAGGUCAGCUGGCGGUGGUGAGGCGGGUCUGGGAUCGAAGGCACUGCCCCUCGCUGCAGACGGGGGACGCUAUAGUGAAGAUCAACGGAGCAGACGUACAGAACCUCAGCUUCUCUCAGGUCCAGAGAGUCCUGCAAGAACACACCAAACAGGGAGAGGUGGUCCUCCUGGUCUACAGAGGAGGUCCCAUGUCUUCCCCAGUCGUCACCCCCAACCUCUACAAGCCCCUCCCCUCCCCACCUGGCCUGGACACACCCUCUUCCUCCCACCCUCCGACUUUAGCCGACCUGCCUUCCCCGUCUGCGGGUGCCUUGGUGGGGGGCGUCCCCCCACUCCACCAGGCUGGCUUGGUCCUGGAGAGUCCCCAGGAGGCGCACCUACCAGCCCCAGGGACCCACCAAGGAGCAACUCCUGCCCAGACUCCAAACGGGCCCCCGGCCUCGGCCCUCAUCCAGAGCACCAGCUUCCUGGACUCGGUUCCUGUGACGCUGACCUUAGAGCCACGUGAUCUGCUGGGAGUAGAGGAGAGCGCCGGUGGGCCUCCCCCCCUCAGAGGGGGAGUUGGGGCAGGAGCACUGGGAGCAAUAGCCAAGGACGGAAGAGGAGGAGUAAAGACGGUGGAGGUGGAUCUGAGGAGGCGGGUGGGAGAAGGUUUUGGAUUUGUCAUCGCCUCUCAGGAAGUGACCAAUGGGGCCCCCUCCCUGAUGUCUCACCGGUUCGUGACGGUGCGUCGUGGCAGCCCGGCGGCUCGCAGCGGUCAGAUCCAGCCUGGAGACCAGCUGGAGGCCGUGGAGGGUCGAGCUGUCGGAGGUCUGCAGCACCGAGACCUGACCCAGAUCCUGAGGAGAGCCGGGAACACGCUGAGACUGAGCAUCACACCACGACACCACUCGUCUUCUCUGUCUGGAGGAGCAGAACUGGACAUCGACGGACGGCUGAUGAAAGGAUCCAGAGGGAGGUCAAAGGAGGAGUCCAGGUUCUACACUGUGGAUCUGGAUCGAGGUCCUACCGGGUUCGGUUUCUCUCUCGGGGGCAGCGAGUACAACAUGGGGCUCUACGUCCUCGGACUGAUGGAGGGGCCGGCCCAGCGCAGCAACAAGAUACAGGUGUCGGACCAGCUGGUGGAGAUAAAUGGAGACAGCACAUCAGGGAUGACUCACAGUCAGGCUGUGGAGCAGAUCAGGAGAGGAGGACACCGAAUCCACCUGAUCCUCAAGAAGGGAAACGGAUACGUACCCGACUACGGCCCUGAUGAAGGAGGCCUCUCCCCCUCCUCCUCCUCACACACAGAGGAGAAAGAUGUGGAAACAGUAACCAUGACAACCGCCUCCCUCAGCCAGCAGCAGGGAGGAGGGUGUACAGCAGGAGGAGGACGAGGAGGAGAGAAGAGGAGGACGAGGAGAGAGGGAGAAACCAAACAAAGAACAGGAGGAAGAAGAGGAGGAGGAGGAGGAGGAGGGGGAGGGCCUCCUGAUCUGGACCUAGACGUGGUGGAGGAAGAGGCACGGGUGGAAGAGGAAGAGGAGAAGAGGAGAAGGAGUCAGACUGUCAGGCAGAGGGAGAAGCGAGACAACCAGAGGGAGCAGGGGAACAGGAGCAUGAGCUUACCCAGGAUCAGUGCUCAAUACUGGGACACGUUGCUGCCGCUGAAGGGGGUGGAGGUGGAGGAGUCAGGAGGAGGAGUGAAGGAGAGCAGGAGGAGUAGCGAGACAAAGAGCAGGAGGAGGGUGACAGAGGCCGACAGGGGGGAGGAGGAGAGGAGAGGGGGGAGAGCCGACAGCACCACCCGCCACGCAAAGCAUUCUGGGAGCUCAGGUGCGGCUCAGAAGGCGGCGUUCUCCUUCCUCAUGCCGAUAGACGACGAGCACCGGCGUCCGUCUGACAGCGAAUCAGCAGCCAGCUUCUCAGAGCUCAGCCUAUCAGCAGCCAGCAUCGGCACGGCGGCCGGGUGGAGGGAGGAUUCUGAUUGGAGGAGAGUUGGGUCGCCGUGGGAACAGGAUGACGCCCCGGGCCCCUGGCUGAAGCCGAGCCCGCAGAAACUCACAAACGUUCUUGGCAGUCGGCUAGGUGGGCGGGAACUAUUGGGCGGGCUCUCUCUCUGAUUGGCUCACACCAAGAACAUUCUGCUAUUUUCAUUCGCAGAUUUUUUUAGGCUACUUAUAAGGGCUUUUUUGAUUGGCCUGCUGAGAGAAGACCCGCCUCUUCCUGCGUCUUAUUGGAUGACAGCAGACAGUCUGUUUCUGAUUGGAGGAUGAGAAAUAAAGCAGACAAGUACUUGAUUUUGAUUGGCAGGUGGGCGGGGUUUUGAGGCCUCUGAUUGGCCAAUGACAUAACAGCUUCUCACACAAUUUAACAAACAAUGUGAUUUGUAUUUUACCCAUCAUCCUUCAGUGCAUCCUGAGACCUGUAUCACAAAGACAGAAUCAUGUUAUCCUGAUAACUCUGGGCUCAGCUGGUAUCACCAGGCUAGAUCUCCAUGGUAACGACGCUAAAUCACCAUGGCAACAGAUGCUAACCUUCUCCUGAUCUGGUUAACAGAUAAAUAAUGAAGAGCAAUUUAUUUUUUUGUCGGUCUGUAGAAUAAAGAUGAAUUAAUUAAACAUGUUUGAAACAGAUGAAUGGAGAUUCCAGCUGCAUAUUGAUUAUGUCAUUUAAUGUAAAAUAACUUUAAAUAGCACAAUGAUAGCACCUUUAAUUAACAGAUUACAUUUUUAAUGGAUAAUAAAAGAAUAAACCACAUAUAUUUAAACCGAGACAGUGGAGACGUUUAACAUCAUCAGAUUACCACACGUUGGUCCAGGACCAAUCACAGCCUGUCGUCUUUUAUGACACGCGUGAUGUCAUCAGGAAGGAGGAGCUAUGAAUGUAAACAAACAGCUGUUUAUAAAAACAACAGUGACUUUUUCUCUGUUAAACAGCAUCACCUGCUAACAUGUUAGCUGGGGUGGCUAACAUGUUAGCUGGUGAUACCACUGAUGGGGAUCGACCUUGUGAUACAGGUCUCGCUCCGCCCCGUUCCCCUUCAUCCUCCUCCUCAUCAUCACCUCUGAACUAAACUCGUAUGCAAACAGGAGAAGCUUUCAGCUGCAGACUGAAGGUUCUGUGUAAUCUGAGCAUGUGAAUAUCAGCGGAAUGAUUUUUUAUUUUUAUAAACAUGUAGACGUUAAUAUGAAUAUUAUUGUUAUUGUUAGAGAUUAACCAGAGACGACCCGAUCUGCCUGCUCGUAAAAAAACUAAAAACUUUGCCCUGAUGAUGUAAUAGAGCCAUAACACACACACACACACACACACACACACACACACACACACACACACACACACA